UGUCUGCAGUCUCUGGUCAUCUCCUGUACUGUGUCCACAGUCUCUGGUCAUCUCCUGUACUGUCUGCAGUCUCUGGUCAUCUCCUGUACUGUCUGCAGUCUCUGGUCAUCUCCUGUACUGUCUGAAGUCUCUGGUCAUCCCCUGUACUGUCCGCAGUCUCUGGUCAUCUCCUGUACUGUCUGCAGUCUCUGGUCAUCUCCUGUACUACUGUCUGCAGUCUCUGGUCAUCUCCUGUACUGUCUGCAGUCUCUGGUCAUCUCCUGUACUACUGUCUGCAGUCUCUGGUCAUCCCCUGUAAUGUCCGCAGUCUCUUGGUCAUCCCCUGUACUGUCCGCA